AUGGGAACCAACGGCCAGGCAGUCCAGACAAUGAAUAAGAAGAAAGUCAAGCUUCUUAGUAAGAAACGCGCUGAGAUUCGAAAUCAGAAGAGGGUGGCAGUGAUACAGAAGGGCAAGCGCACAGUAUUGCGUAAGCAUCGACCGUCCAAAAAGAAACAGCAGAAGGACGCCAAGCGUCAUCGUAGUUUCGUUGAUGCCGAAAAGAGUAGACUUUUGAGGAGUGGACUUAUCACGACGGAGGCUAUUGAAAAAUUGGGGGCCGAGGAUUGUAGUGGUGACGAUUAUAAGGGCAACAGCCCCGAUAUCGUUAUGGAGGUAGAAAAUUGA